CAAGAAAAGAGAAUAUUGAGGGUUGACUUGAUAAAAUAAGCAUGUGCAGGCAAGAUGAUUUAUCAAGAAACAUGAAAUUAUAAUACGUUGACGUUAUGAUACGAAACAAUAUGCUUGCUUUUCUCAUCCUCAACUCCUAUAAAAAGAGGAAAUGCCUAAGCUAAUUCCAUAACUCAAUACAAUUCCAAUAUUUCAACAACAUAUUCACAUUUCAAUUAUUCAAAAAGGAAAAUGGCGUCAUAUGCCCACAAUGUUGUGGGACUUGGGAUUUUCUUGGUAAUGCUUGUGGCAAUAGUAGAGGCCACUCCUCCUGGAAUAGCCUACCAUCCAAGCCAUUCUCAUUGCUCUGAUGAUGAGAUCAAACAAUGCAAAAAUCUUCCACAUGUUUGUCCCAAAUUCUGUCCCAAUGGUUGCAUAACUGAGUGUCGUUCUUGUAAGCCUAUUUGCAUUGAUGGCCCACCUCCACCUCCAUAUUCCCCUCCUCCAUCAAAAUCACCUCCCCCUCCUUCUUCCCCUCCUCCAUCAACAUCACCUCCCCCUCCCUCUUCCCCUCUUCCAUCAACAUCUCCAAAGAAGAGCAAGUGCAAGAACAAGAAGUACCCGAGUUGUUAUAAUCAAGAACAUACGUGCCCUAGUUCUUGUCCUAGUACUUGUCAAGUUGAUUGUGUCUCUUGCAAACCUGUUUGCAGUUGUGACAAGCCGGGAGCAGUUUGCCAAGAUCCACGUUUCAUUGGUGCAGAUGGAAUUACCUUCUACUUCCACGGCAAGAAGGAUAAAGAUUUUUGCCUAGUCUCAGACUCCGACUUCCACAUCAAUGCCCACUUUAUAGGAAAACGAAAUGAGAACAUGAAAAGAGAUUUCACCUGGGUUCAAGCCAUCGGUAUCCUUUAUGGUACUCACAAGAUCUCUGUUGGAGCACAAAAAACAGCAACAUGGGAUGAUGCCAUCGACCGCCUUUUCCUCAACUUUGAUGGUGAAACUAUUGCGCUCCCCGACUACGAAGGCGCAAGGUGGCAGUCUGAAACUGGACCAAUAGCCUCCAUCACUCGAACCAGCGCCACCAAUGAAGUUAUUAUGGAAGUUGAAAAUAUUUUCAAGAUUACAGCAAAGGUGGUGCCUAUUACAGAGAAAGAAUCCAGAGUUCAUAACUAUGGCAUAACACAAGACGAUUGUUUUGCACAUCUUGAACUUGGGUUCAAAUUUUUCUCACUCAGUGAUGAAGUAAGUGGUGUUUUGGGCCAAACUUAUAGAAGGAACUAUGUGAGUAGAGCGAAGAUGGGUGUUUUGAUGCCUGUAAUGGGAGGUGACAAAGAAUUUUCAGCUUCAGCACUCUUUGAUGCCGAUUGUUCAGUCACUAAGUUUCAAACAGCAAAAUCAGAGAAUGAGGGUUCAUUGAAUUUGGAGUUGCCUAGCUUGAGAUGCAAAAGUGGGAUUUCUGGGCGUGGAGUUGUCUGCAAACGUUAAAAUUUCUUGAUUAAACAUUAAUUGUACAAGUGAAUAAAGAGUUCACUAGAAAAUAAGGUUAAUUAUAAACCAAGGGAAUGUAUUAAAACCUAUGCUCAAUGAAAAAAGUGUAUUAAAGUUGGGCGAAAAAGAUUUACUUAUAUUUAACUUCUUUUCAAAUAAUAAGAUCAUUGCU